AUGGAUUUCUCGGACGAGCUGAAGCCUGCUGACCCGCAAGGACCGGACAUCCUUCGUCAGGAGAGGGUCUCGUCUGGGCUUGAUGCUGCCCAACUCGCUCGGCACUUGCUGCAUCGCGAUGGCUUUCUUGAGCGACAGGCAAAGAUCUUGAGCAUCAUCGAGAAGCGGCCACUCUUCAAUAAGAAGAACUUACUCAACCUAGCACGUCCGCACAGAUACCACAUUGCACUAGCAAGGUCUAAGGAGCUUCGCAGACUAUCGCUUCAGCAUGGAUGGUCUCUCCAGGAUUUCAAAAUGGCGGAAUGGCUUGUGGGCGAGGUCAAUCCUUACUCGCUACACACAGUCAUGUUCAUGACUUCCAUUCGCGAACAGGCCAACGAGGAGCAACUCAAGCUCUGGCAGCCCAGAGUGGACAGUUGGGAGAUCAUCGGGUGUUACUCUCAGACUGAGCUCGGUCAUGGCAGCAAUGUGAGAGGUGUUGAGACUCAAGCAAUCUGGAACUCGGAGACCAAGGACUUCACGAUCCAUAGCCCGACCCUGACGGCAGCAAAGUGGUGGAACGGCUCCCUCGGACGCACUGCUAAUCACGCCAUUAUAAUAGCACAACUGAUGCUGCCCGAGAACGGGAAGCUUGUAUCCUACGGCCCUCAUCAAUUUGUGGCCCAGAUCCGCGACAUGAAGACCAAUAAGCCUCUGGAGGGCCUCGUGAUUGGUGAUAUCAAUGCCAAAGUUGGCUACGCAGGAAUGGACAAUGGCUAUAUGCUUUUCAAGAAUUUCAAGAUACCGCAUUCGGCCCUGCUGUCGCGGCAUACAGGUAUCACCCUCGAUGGCAAGUACAUCAAACCCAAGAACCAGGCAAUCGUGUAUGGGAGCAUGACAUUUGUACGCGCUCAGAUCAUUAUGGACUGUCGGAUGGGCCUCGGGAGAGCAUGUACCAUUGCGGUCAGAUAUCUCUCGAUACGGCGACAAUUCGCAGAUCGCGACGGGUCAAGUCCCGAAGAAUUAGCCGUCCUCAACUAUCCGUCAGUUCAGAUGAGAGUAUUACCACUUCUGGCGACAGUCUACGCGCUUCACUAUACCGGAGAGUCCAUGUUCAACCUGUACUGGGCCACCAGGUCGAGCGUCGACAAAGGCGAUUUCUCUCGACUGGCUGAGCUACAUGCUGCUUCCUCAGGUCUGAAGUCAUGCUGUACUCUUCUCGUUGCAGACGGCAAUGAAGUAUGUCGACGAGCAUUGGGUGGCCACGGCUUCGCUGGUGCUAGUGGUAUGAUCCCGAUCACUACAGAUCAUCUCGACAAACCCACAGUGGAAGGAGAUAGCUUCAUGAUCUCACAGCAGACUGCAAGUUAUCUGAUAAAGCGAGUCGAGUCCUGCGUCAAAAGUACUGAGGCAAGCGUCGGAGAGCCUGUCGACCACCACAUCCGCGCUUUCCUGCAAGGAUCUGGCCCUAGACAUUACGAUAUCUACAACAAAGACAGCGACAUCUUGGAUGCCUUCCGGUAUCGCUUCGCAUAUCUAGCCCACAAAGCCUACCAAGGCCGCGUCGAGCAAAAGCAAUCUUGGACGAGCUUGAUGGUCAGCCUCCACCGUUUGUCCCAAGCAUGGUCAGAAUGCAUCCUGAUCGAGAAUUUUUAUAAUGCCAUGUUCGGCGCUCGUCCCGAUCCUCCAAUCGCUGAAGCCACACACACAGUCCUCAAAGACGUGUUCAGGCUCUUUGCUCUAUCGACAAUCGACAAGCAAGGCACCGAAUUCGUGGUGUCAGGUGCGCUUCGACCAGAACAACUUGCAGAUCUGACUCCGACCAUCCAGAGAAUUAUGAAGGCUGUCCGUCCCCAUGCAGUCCCACUCAUGGACGCUUUCUCGAUACCAGAUUAUCUACUCGAUAGUGCUCUCGGCAGGUACGAUGGCGAUGUUUACCGAGCGAUGUGGCAGAGAUCGCAUUUGGAGAAUCCACUGAACGUGGAAAUCUUCAAUCCUGACUUCCGGAGCGAGGAGAUAAUUAUGGGUGAAGGAGAAGAGACUGCGCGCAAGCGCUUAGAGGCCAUGGCGAAUGGCACUUUCGGCCAUGAGCAAAGAUUAGCACCUAGAGCUAAGAUAUAA